AUGUCCGUCACCGAGCUAGACCAGGAGGACAGGGUCUUCAAGUUGACCGAGUCCGGAGGCUCAGUAGGCUUCAAGAAGGCAGCUGCAUCACUCAAGGACUGGGGUUCCAACCCUCAAAUAUGGACGGGCUGCUUUCUUACCUACCUGGCCAUCAUGGGAUAUCUCGUCGGCGAGAAACAUCCCAAGGCAGUCCCCAACCUACUCAUGUUCAUCAGGCAGAUCCUGGACUACGCCCAAACUUACGAGUGGUCGGAAGCAGUGCUUCCACUUGCCCUUAACUUCCACCAAUAUAUUCUAGAUAAGGGAGAUCUGUCGAUGGAAAACACCCUUAUCACAGCUCUAUUUCGUGAAAAGUAUCUCCCUCACAAUCUCACCCUACCUGCUAAGUCAACGACAAAUCCUUCAGCCCGAUCCCGCCAAACAAGGUCUACCAGGUCUUCCAAUAACGAGACAGUCGUUUGCGAUAAGUUCAACACGUCAGGAUGUCUUUGGGAAGGCUGCAAGAGACGUCAUGAGUGCACACUAUGCGGUCUCAGCGAGCAUGGUGCCUCUUCUUGCCGGUCCGACCCUACGGGUCCCUUUGAUGAGGUUUACAACAGAAUCACCGACUACCUGCAUAUCCCUCGCAAUACCGAAAAGGACCAGCAAGGAACCCGUGUUACAGUCCUAGGUAUCCAGAUCGACUCCAUUACAAUGGAAACUCGUCUGCCACCGGAAAAGUUGUGCCGCGCCACAUUGGACGCCGCAGCUGCCCUGAACGCAACGAGUCUCUCCCUCAAGCAAACAGAACGUCUCACAGGCUCAUUAGCCUUCUGUUCAAGAGUUGUCCGGCUUGGAAGAACAAGGCUACAGUCUCUAUACACUUUCCAAGCCGCUUUCCCACGUGGGAAAAGCGCGCGCCGCCGUAUCUCUCAAAGGGCCGUCAAGCCUGACACCGCGCUCGCCGACCUAGCCGCUCUCCGAGCCUACCAUAUCGAUAACUUCCUCGACGACAAACUCUUUGAUAACAAGCACUUUCGACGCCUCAUAGACGGUGCGAGAAGACUCAACCCUAUCUCUAAAGCUCGGGUUAGGAAGCCGGUCUCGCGUGACACCAUUACGAAAUUAUCUGCAGGACUCGCCAUACUCCCGUCACAGCCCUUGGAGAUGACUGCAAACCUUCUGGACGACUUAAACUUCGCAACUGCCUGCCGAGUAGCAUUUGCUGGGUUUCUCCGCCUCGGAGAAUUCACUUACAAAACUGAAGACCUUAAGCAACGUUCUAUCUUCUUAGCCACAAAGCUAACGCGCUCUGAUAUCCGAUUCUCAUCCUCGCUAGACCACGCGCAACUCACACUCAAGCGCACUAAGACAGACCGCCAUCACGAAGGAGUACAAAUUAUACUUGCAAAGACUGGAGACAGAGCGUGCCCAGUUGACGCACUUCAGAAGCUGCUGAUCCUUGACCCCCGAGGCCCUGACGCCCCAUUGUUCUCCUUCCACAGAAGACCAUCUAGUCGCAACAACUUUCUCUCUACCUUAUCUACUAAACUGAAGGCGCUCGGUAUACAGGCAGAGGGCUAUUCGGGCCACAGCUUUCGGAAGGGCGCAGCUCAACAUGCGCACGAUAGUGGGAUACCCGACGACCAGAUUCAGGUGCUAGGGAGGUGGACCUCGGAGGCAUUCAGAGUAUACUUUACGACGAAUGCAUCAGUUCUGUACAAGCUCAACCGCCAGUUCCAGACAGGAUCGCCGGCCCCGCUAUCCCUGCUACUUCCACCGCCGUCCCCUCCACCAUCCUAG